AUGGCUCAGGUUCCAUCCUCCGUUCUGGGUUUCCCCCGUAUGGGUAAGCUCCGUGACCUGAAGAAGGCCACGGAAGCUUAUUGGGCUGACAAGAUCACCCGCGAGCAGCUGCUCGAGGAGGGUGUCCGUCUCCGUAAGGAGCACUGGCAGAUCCAGCAAGCUGCUGGUGUCGAUAUCAUUCCCAGCAACGACUUCUCGUUCUACGACCAGGUCCUUGACCACCACCAGUUGUUCGGAACCGUCCCCGAGCUCUACAGCACUACCGAGCCCAAGCUCCACCCCCUGGAUGAAUUCUUCGCUAUGGGUCGUGGUCACCAGAAGAACGGUGUUGAUGUUCCUGCUCUGGAAAUGGUCAAGUGGUUUGACAGCAACUACCACUACGUCAAGCCCGUCCUGAAGAAGGACCAGGAGUUCAAGCUGUCCCAGGCCCCUAAGCCAGUUGCCGAGUUCAACGAGGCCAAGGCCCUCGGUAUCACCACCCGACCGGUGCUUCUGGGUCCCGUUUCCUUCCUCCACCUCGCUAAGAACGCCCACGGAGAGAGCUUUGAGCGCGUGUCGCUUGUUGAGAAGCUUGCCAAUGUCUACAAGGAGCUCUUGGAUCAGCUGAAGGCUGCUGGUGCCACCGAUGUUCAGAUUGAUGAGCCCAUCCUCGUCUAUGAUCUCCCCCAGAAUGUGAAGGAUGCCUUCAAGGCAGCCUACGAGAUUGUUGGCAAAUCCGAUCUCAAGAUCACCGUCGCCACCUACUUCGGUGACAUCGUGCAUAACAUUGAGGUUCUGCAGCACCUGCAGAAGGUCCACGCCGUUCACAUUGACCUGGUCCGCAACCCUGAGCAGCUUAACCAGGUCAUCGAGAAGCUCGGCCCCAAGCAAGUUCUGUCUGCUGGUGUUGUUGACGGUCGUAACAUCUGGAAGACCAACUUCAAGGCCGCCAUCGACAAGGUCGAGGCCGCUAUUCAGAAGCUCGGCAAGGACCGUGUUGUUGUCGCUACUUCCUCUUCCCUGCUCCACGUUCCCCACACGCUGGAGAGCGAGAAGAAACUGGACCCCGAGGUCCGCGACUGGUUCAGCUUUGCUGUUGAGAAGGCCAAGGAGGUCGCUGUCAUCGCCAAGGCUAUCAACAACGGACCCGCCUCUGUUGCUGCUGAGCUCGAGGCCAACGCCAAGUCCGUCCAGUCCCGUGCCACUUCCAAGCGUACCAAUGACCCCAAGGUCAAGGCUCGCCAGGAAGGCGUCACCGAGGCCAUGCACAACCGCCAGUCUCCUUUCACUACCCGUAUUGCCGAGCAGACCAAGUCCAUCAAGCUGCCUCUGUUCCCUACCACCACCAUCGGAUCUUUCCCCCAGACCCAGCAGAUCCGUGUCCAGCGCAACAAGUUCACCAAGGGUGAGAUCACUGCCGAGGAGUACGAGAAGUUCAUUGAGAACGAGAUCCAGGAGGUUGUCAAGCUCCAGGAGGAACUCGACCUGGAUGUCCUGGUGCACGGAGAGCCCGAGCGUAACGACAUGGUUCAGUACUUCGGUGAGCGCCUGGAUGGUUAUGUCUUCACCACCCACGCCUGGGUUCAGAGCUACGGUUCCCGCUGCGUCCGUCCCCCCAUCAUCGUCGGUGACAUCUCUCGUCCCGCCCCUAUGACCGUCAAGGAGUCCAAGUACGCUGUCUCCAUCUCCAAGAAGCCCAUGAAGGGCAUGCUCACUGGUCCCAUCACUUGCCUUCGGUGGUCCUUCCCCCGUGACGAUGUUCACCAGAGUGUGCAGGCUCAGCAGCUUGCUCUGGCCCUCCGUGAUGAGGUCGUUGACCUGGAGACUGCUGGUGUGAAGGUCAUUCAAGUCGAUGAGCCUGCUCUGCGUGAGGGUCUUCCUCUGCGCACCGGAUCUGCCCGUGAUGCCUACAUCAAGUGGGCCGUUAACGCCUUCAAGCUUUCUACCGCUGGUGUGCAAGAUGGCACUCAGGUCCAUUCGCACUUCUGCUAUUCCGAAUUCCAGGACUUCUUCCACGCUAUUGCUGCGCUUGACGCCGAUGUUCUGUCUAUCGAGAACAGCAAGUCCGACGCCAAGCUGCUCCAGGUCUUCACGAACGAGGAGUACCCCCGCCACAUCGGCCCUGGUGUCUACGACAUCCACUCUCCCCGUGUUCCCUCUGAGGAGGAGAUCAAGGAGCGCAUUGAGCAGAUGCUUGAGCACCUUAAGCCUGAGCAGCUCUGGGUUAACCCUGACUGCGGAUUGAAGACCCGUACCACCGAGCAGGUCAAGGCCCAGCUGACCUCCAUGGUCAACGCUGCUAAGUUCUUCCGCCAGAAGUAUGCCCAGUAA